AUGAUUCAACCACAAACUUAUCUUGAGGUUGCCGAUAACAGUGGUGCACGUAAACUUAUGUGUAUCCGCGUAUUAAAUCGACAAUAUGCAAACAUUGGUGAUGUAAUCAUUGCUGUUGUAAAAGAAGCAUUACCAAAUAUGCCAGUGAAACGAUCUGACGUUGUUCGUGCUGUUGUUGUACGUACUGCACACACAGUACAACGCGAAAAUGGUAUGUCCAUUCGUUUUGAUGAAAACGCUGCCGUAAUUAUUAAUAAAGAGGGGAACCCACGUGGAACACGUGUAUUUGGACCAAUUGCACGUGAAUUACGUGAACGUGAUUUCAUGAAAAUUGUUUCCCUUGCCCCUGAGGUUCUUUAA